AUGAAAUUCUUAAAAGUGAUCCAGAUCCAGGUCAGGUGUACGACGAUGACCCAGGAAAUUGUAUGGUUGGUGGCGAACGACAUGAAUUUCGACGAGGCACAUCGAAGAUAUUUAGUAGAAAGAUUUCCUUUUGUCGAGAUAGGAGCUUUGUUCGACGACUAUAUCGCGAAAGACGUUCCUGGUAGGAUUAAUACGGAAAGAAAUAGCGUCGAAUUUGUGAAAAGUCAGCCCUCGCCGCGUUUCAUUAAGAGCCACAUGCCUCUCGAACUGUUGCCGACAGUUGUAAAUAGUACUUGCAAGAUUAUCUACGUUGCAAGAAAUCCAAGAGACGUGGUUGUCUCGUGGUAUAAAUUCCAGAAAUCUUUGAAACUGUAUGAGGGAUCUUCCGAACAGUUCUGUAAUAAUUUCAUGAAUGACCACACGCUAUGGAGUCCUUAUUGGGAACACGUGAAGGAAGCGUGGAUGAUAAGACACAGAGCAAAUAUAAUGUUUCUCUUCUACGAAGAUCUGAUAAAGGAUUUAUCUGGAAACAUAAAAAAAAUUGCUGCAUUUUUUGAUAAGCAUUACAGUGACGAGCAGAUCGUCAAGUUAAUGGAUCAUAUAAGAAUAGAGAAUUUCCGCAAGAAUCCGAUGGUGAAUCAGCCGACUUCUGACAUCGUGAUGCCACCAGAAAUGUUUAUUCGGCAAGGAACGACGGGUGGUUGGAAAGAAGUGUUUACACCGGAGAUCGAGGAGAGAUUUAGCAAAUGGAUCAUGGAUAAUUUAAAAGACACGAAUUUGGCUUUUCCAAGUUAAAUUCGUAGCGAUAGAAGCAAUUGUUGUUGCAGUUUAAAAAUUUUUUUUUCAAGUGUGUUUUAAAUAGACAAGACUAGUAUUAAAAGUUUUUCAACAAAAGAAUUGUAAAGCUCCCUUUCACAUCUUUAAUGGUCGAAACAUGCACGCACACAAUUCGCACAAAAUAUAAGCUAUAUUAUAUUAUAAUAUUAUAUAUUUAUAAUUAUAGCGUAAAGAUUAUAUAUAAUCUAGGACAAUGAAUUUUCAAAAAUUAUAACUGCUUCCCGCGAAUACCGCUAACAAUAAGAUGUUUAGUUUAUAUUUUUAAAAUAUCAUUAAUACUUAUUAAUUUUUAUGGAGCUUAUUAAAAUUUCUGCCAUGAGAAUAACCGCGAACAGAAAAGUUAAUAGAUAAAUUAGUUUUAUAAGUUUUGUUAUUUUUUGAAUCACCGCGGCACCGUGAUCUGCGUUUUAAAACGGUAUCUUUCCGAUUAUUAUAUUUAAUUUAUUAUUAUUUAAUAUGAUUAAUAUAUAAUAUAAUUUAACUAGAUAGAUGUUAGGUGCUUUUCGCAAUUGUUCAAUACCAUUUUUGAUUAUAUGUAUACUGUACAAAUUGAUAACCAAUAUAGUUCAAUAUUUUAUUUAUGAGCUUUAUGGGGUUUAUGGAAUCGCAAGAAGCUAUCACAUUAUCACCACAUUGAGUAAACGAUAACGAUAAGUUCAAUAAUUUUAUCAAAAAAGAUCUGUAUAUUGAAUGUGGUACGCCGACUAGUAUUUAUAAUUAUUAAUAAUUAUUUAUAAUUGUUUUCAUAAUUAAAAGCUAAAUAUGUAAUUUUAUUAAUUAUUACAUUUUAAAUAUUCUCCGAUGAGCAGGCUUUAACGCCCAUUUUUCAUUUUGUUUUAUAAUCUCGAUACAACUCACUUAUUCUAGAUAUUUUAAUUGUUACACUGAGUAAUUAUUAAUUAGAGCAAUUAAAUAAUCGU